UACACACAUUAAAGUGUUUGAUUUUUUUUCUCUCCUUCUCAUUUAAAAAAAUUAUUUUCUUCUAUUCAAAUUGUAAGAAGACAAAAAAAUUUAUUUUCACUCUCUGUCAUGCAUACCAAAAUGGUAUACAAAAGAAAUGAACAACCACAUGUCAUAUUUGUACCAUAUCCUAGCCAAGGUCACGUUAACCCACUCCUCCAAUUUGCAAAACGUUUAACCUCAAAAGGUAUCAAAGCGACCAUAGCCACAACUGAAUACACUGUAAAGUCAAUUCAUUCUCCAAACAUCUCAGUUGAAGCAAUUUCUGAUGGAUUUGAUGAGGGUGGUUUCUCCCAAGCCCAAAAAGCUGAUGUAUUUCUCAAUUCGUUCGAAGAAAAUGGCUCGAGAACUCUAUCACAACUUGGAAAAUUACAAAAAUCAACACAUCCGAUAAGUUGCAUAGUUUACGAUUCGUUCUUUCCAUGGGCUCUUCAUGUGGCAAAAAAACAUGGAAUUUAUGGAGCUGCAUUUUUCACAAAUUCCGCCACGGUUUGUGCUGUGUUUGCUCAUAUUCACCAAGGAACAUUUCCAUUGCCAGUGAGGAUUGAAGAAAAUGAACCUUUGUUAUUGCCUGGUUUACCUUCUUUGUACCCUCUUGAUGUUCCUGGAUUUAUUAGGGAGCCUGAAAGUUACCCUGCUUAUUUAGCUAUGAAAAUGAGUCAAUCCUCCAAUGUGGAAAAUGCUGACUGGAUUUUUGAUAACUCAUUUGUAGAACUAGAAGGAGAGAUAGCAAGAGGAGUAUCAAAUCUUUGGCCAGGAAAGUUAAUUGGACCAAUGGUGCCAUCUUCAUAUUUGGAUGGAAGAAUUGAAGAUGACAAAGGGUACGGAGCAAGUCUAUGGAAACCCCUUAGUGAAGAAUGCCUCAAAUGGCUAAAAACAAAACCAAUUCAAUCAGUAAUUUACAUUUCCUUCGGAAGCAUGGUAGCACUCACACCAAACCAAAUGGAAGAAAUGGCAUAUGCUUUGAUAGGCAGCAAUAUGAAUUUUCUUUGGGUUGUAAGAGAAACUGAAAAAUGCAAAUUGCCUAAAGGAUUCGUAGAAUCCACAAAAGGGAAAGGACUCAUAGUGUCAUGGUGCAAUCAGCUCGAAACGCUCGCAAAUCAAGCCAUUAGUUGCUUCGUGACUCAUUGUGGAUGGAAUUCGACUCUGGAAGGUCUGAGCCUUGGUGUGCCAAUGGUGGCGAUGCCACAAUGGUCCGAUCAAAUGACGGAUCCUAAAUUUAUAGAUGAAAUAUGGAAAAUUGGUGUGAGGCCUAAGUUGGAUGAGUUUGGAAUUGUUAGAAGAGAAGAGUUAUUGUUUUGUUUAAAAGAGGUAAUGGAAGGGGAGAGGAGCUAUGAGAUUAGGAGAAAUGCUAGAAAAUGGAGAAAUUUGGCUAAGACAGCAGUUAGUGAAGGAGGUAGUUCGGACAAGGCUAUUAAUGAAUUUGUGGACAUUCUAAAUUUAGCCUGCUAGAUGAAGUACAAGAAAUUCUUGGUAGCAUGCUAAUAAUAUGUAGUCUAUUAUAUUGGAGUAUUAUUUUCAUGGCUUAUUAGCUAAUUGAUAGCAAUGAAGUUUAGAUUAUAUGAAUUUGAAAUUUUCUCA